AUGUCUCACAAAUACGAUGAACCUCCUGCGUAUCAGGGCGGCCCACAGGCACCGCAAGCCGCGUACCAACAGCCAUACGGCGGGGACCCGAAUUACCCCGGCUACGCGCCCGGUCCGAACAUGGGUUAUCACCAGCAGCAACCCGGAGGUUACCCGCCUCCGCAACAAGGGGGUUAUUACCCGCCCCAGCAGGGUUACGGCCCAUACCCGCCUCAGCAAGGGGCUUACUAUCCGCCGCAGGGCGGCUAUUACCAGAACGACGGGCGCGGCGCGGCUGGUGGUGGUGCAGCGGGCGGUUGCUUAGGUGCCUUGGUCGGCUUCUUCGCAUGCUGUUGCUGCUUGGACCUGUUGUUCUAA